GGUUGAGCCUCUCUUAUGUUGGGAUUGCUCAGGCUUUACGAUUAUGCAGAAAUAUCAGCGGAGACGCAAGGAGUUGUGACUAGAGAGACUAUACAAAGAGCCUUUCAUGCGACUGAAGAAGGAUUUGCUUCCAUUGUAUCAGAGCUGUGGCAAGAGAUACCGAAUUUGGCAACUGUUGGCACUUGUUGUUUAGUUGGAGUGAUAUAUCAAAAUACUCUUUUCGUGGCAAGCCUUGGAGAUUCAAGGGUUGUUCUUGGAAAGAAAGGUAACGGUGGCGGACUCUCUGCUAUCCAGCUGUCUACUGAACACAAUGCCAACAAUGAGGAUAUUCGUUGGGAACUUAAGGACUUACAUCCUGAUGACCAGCAGAUUGUUGUGUUUAGGCAUGGAGUUUGGAGAGUUAAAGGCAUUAUUCAGGUUUCGAGGUCUAUAGGAGACAUGUACAUGAAGCGACCCGAAUUUAACAAGGAGCCAAUCAGUCAGAAGUUCAGAAUUGCAGAGCCAAUGAAGAGACCAUUGAUGUCUGCAACACCGACUAUACUCGCUCAUCCUCUGCACCCUAAUGAUUCGUUUCUCAUUUUUGCAUCUGAUGGUCUUUGGGAACAUUUGACAAACGAAAAAGCAGUUGAGAUUGUUCAUAACCAUCCCCGUGCUGGAAGCGCAAAGAGACUGAUAAAGGCGGCUCUUCACGAGGCAGCGAGGAAACGUGAGAUGAGAUAUUCAGAUCUAAGGAAGAUUGACAAGAAAGUGAGGCGCCAUUUUCACGAUGACAUCACGGUUAUAGUGGUGUUCUUGAAUCAUGACCUCAUAUCCAGAGGUCACUACAACUCAACAACACAAGACUCGCAAGUCUCUAUACGGAGUGCUCUUGAACACUGAAAAGCAAAAAACAUUUUACAACAAUGUUUCUUCUUACUUGGGUUAUAUGACUUUUUUGCCUAGAACGCAAUAAAAGAAAACUGGGCAACAUCUAAAAAACAAAAAGGAAAAUUGGAAAACAUUGUAAUGAGUUCUCUUGUAUUAAGCGGCAAUGUUUGACUGUGGUGUUGUUUCUCUUCAAGUCUUUGCAUAGUUCUGUCCUGAUGAGUCACCACCAACCAAGCCUUUCGUCAAAAAAGACUACAUGCCGUAUUUUCUGGUUUUUCAUCUCUUUUAUCACACCUGUAACUGUAAGUCUGUACUGUGUAACAUAGUCGUGUUAUAUAAGUAACAAUACCAUUCUCGAAUGUAACA